UCGUCAUGGAUUUUUCUAAUAAAGUGGUUAUUAUAACCGGUGCAAAUUCUGCAUUAGCGGCAGCAACUGCAACACUUUUAUCAAGCUAUGGAGCACAGCUGAUUUUAGUUAGUAGCAAUCCAGCCGAAAUUAAAAAACUAUCAGACGAACUGGUAAAACCGCAUGUUAAAACUCCUUUAUUAAUAACAGCUGAUGUCACCAAAGAAGAAGGCGCGAAGAGAGUUGAAAGAGAAACAGUUAACCAUUUUGGUAAAGUUGAUGUCGUUGUUAACGCCGCCGGUGGAAUGGUACCCGAUUGUAUUCUGAAACCAGAUCUAAAAGCAUUUGAUGAGAACAUCAAUUUAAAUUUACGUUCCGUGUAUUUAAUGACAACAACAUUCGCCCGCCACUUAAUGAGAUCUAGAGGAAAUAUCGUCAACGUAGGAAGUGUUUUUGUUGAUACAAUAUUUUCUGGACACGUCACCUACAACAUAGCAAAAGCCGGCAUUGAAUAUUUAACAAAAACAUCUGCAUUAGAAUUAGCCAACAAAGGUGUCAGAGUGAACUGCGUCAAACCUGGAUUCACGGAGACCGAAGUUACGCCAAAGAUGCAUAAAUGUGAAGACAAGAAACCUUGGGAAGACGCUACGAGGAUGGUCCCGCUUGGGAAACUUAUAAAUGGACGAGAUAUCGCUGAAGCUAUUGUCUUCUUAGCAAGCGAACAGGCUAAAAAUAUUACCGGUACUAGUAUUAUUAUAGAUGGUGGGUUAGCCUUGAGUGGUACCACUGUUAUUGAUAAGAUUCGGACCGCUUUUGAUUAAUCGGAAAGGAAUUAACUUAAUAAAAACACAAUUCAUCAAAAUAAUACAG